AUGGCCUCGUUCAAGGAAUUGUCCCUCUCGCGUCCACUCCCCAACCCAAACCAACGUCAACACUCCCACUCGAUCUCUCUGGGUGCUGUCAAUGCCAACCACCGUGUGACGCGUCGAAAGAGUGUCACCACUGCGGCUGCCAAUGCCGCCGCCGCCAUCGCGGCCUCCAUGAAAGAGGGCGAAUCCGCGCUUCUCCCCAUGGCCGCGCACCGCCGCAGCCUUGGGGGCCGCAAGGGCUUGGAGUCCACUUCGGUCGGGGGUACAUCAGGAUUCAGUUCAUACCUCUCGCGAAGUGUGAAUAGCCCUAGCCAGGAGCCUCCGGUCGCUCGCAAAGCCUCCCCCAGCAACUCCGAUGACGGCAAAGCCCUUAAGGGCCGUAACCGCCGAGCCAGCGAAGGCGCUCAAUCCAAGACUGACGGAAAGCGGGUCCCGGCUGAACUCCGCUGCGAUCGCUGCGGGAAAGGGUACAAGCAUGGCAGCUGCUUGUCCAAGCAUAUGUGUGUAUCCCCCACCCCGCGCUGUCUUCUUGCUGGAACGGGAGUGUGGGAACAUGACCCGGCAUGGGCGGUUACCUCGAAAUUACUUAUCUCCAAGCACCAGCAGGUUCAGCUGCUGGAGGCUGCCACAGUGCUAGUCACCAUGAACCAGGACGGCCCCGAACAGUGCCACGAGCAUUGCCCCGAAGCUGAUUCUGAAGUCUCCUCCGCUUCACCCGACGCUUCCUCGGAGGUGCGCGAUGGACUUAGCUCCGCCGAGACCACCCCGCCCCCGAUUGACGAAGAGGAGGAAGAUGACUUUGAGAUGUCAGGUAUGCCGACCAACUGGACCAAACGUCCUAGCAUCAGCAACGCCUCAGCUUUCUCCCGUUCCUACCAGUCGAUUCCCUCGAGCUCGUACAACGAGAGUGCUCCGCUCCACUCCCCUACUUUCUCCCACUUCCGCCAGUCCAGCAUCGAUACCCGCCCAUCCACCGCUGACACCCGACUGCACGAGGACGACGAGGCUGAUUUGGCCGCAGCGAUUGGGCUGUGCAACUUCGGUACUCCUCGUACAGGUCCAGUCUCCAUGACACCGGAUGUGCCCCCUGUUCCCCCGCUGCCGGCUCGCUACCUGGAUUCGAGUAGUCAUCCGAGCCACCAGAGCCCGCGUCUGUUGUCGCAGCCGGGCCCAAUGAACGAGGCUUACCGACGAGACUCCAAUGCUGACCUCUUCCUCUCCGUAUCCGCGGCUUCGUUCAACCCGUCAUUGUCAUACAAGGUGUCUGAUGAGCGUGGGCCUCGAACCGGACCUAAGGAAUCUCAACCCCGUCGUCACAGCCGCAACGCAGACGUUGACUUCGGCAGUCGUACCGCGCCAGCGGAUGAUGACGAUGAUGGUGUAUUUGGACGCAUGGAGGAAUGA